AUGCCAGGGUGUCCGUACAGGCUUCUGGCAGAGGAGCUGGAGCUGAUGGAGAACAUCUUGACGAGCAAGCAGGACGAGAGCUGGGAGCAGCGGGGCCCCCGGGCCUCCUUCACCCGCCAGGAACGGAGCCGCCUGCUCUGGGAGGAUGUCAGCGUCAUGGAGGAGGAUGCCACCAAAGUCACCGCCCUGAAGCUGAGGCUGGAUGAGUCCCAAAAAGUGCUGCUCAAGGAGCGGGAGGACAAGCUGGCGCUCAGCAAGAGCAUUGAGAAGCUGGAGGGCGAGCUCAGCCAGUGGAAGAUCAAGUAUGAAGAGCUCAACAAGAGCAAGCAGGAGGUGAUGAAGCAGCUCAACAUCCUGAAGGAGAUCCACCAGGACGAGCUGGGGCGCAUCUCUGAGGACCUGGAGGACGAGCUGGGUGCUCGCUCCAGCAUGGACAAGAAGCUGGCCGAGCUGCGCGCAGAGAUGGAGCGGCUGCAGGCGGAGAAUGCGGCCGAGUGGGGCCGGCGGGAGCGGCUGGAGACAGAGAAGCUCAACCUGGAGCGGGAGAACAAGAAGCUGCGGGCGCAGAUCGAGGACCUGGAGGAGGUGCUGGCUCGCAAGCGGCGCCAGACGGCCAGCGCCCUGGACACCGACCUCAAAACCAUCCAGGCCGAGCUCUUCGAGAAGAACAAGGAGCUGGCCGACCUGAAGCACAUCCACACCAAGCUGAAGAAGCAGUACCAGGAGAAGAUGGCUGAGCUGGCCCAUGCCAACCGCCGCGUGGAGCAGCACGAGGGCGAGGUGAAGAAGCUGCGCCUGAGGGUGGAGGAGCUGAAGAAGGAGCUGGCCCAAGCCGAGGACGAGCUGGAUGAGGCCCACAACCAGACGCGGAAGCUGCAGCGGUCGCUGGAUGAGCAGACGGAGCAGAGCGAGAGCUUCCAGGUGCAGCUGGAGCAUCUGCAGUCCCGGUUGCGGCGGCAGCAGAGCACCCCGCUUUUUGGCAAGAUGCGCAGCACCCGCUUCGGCCCCGACGACACCGGGGACGGCACCAGCGACCCCGAUGAGGAUGAGGACCUGCAGAUCCAGGUGCCCUAG